CUUUUUUUUUUUUUUUGUAAUUUUUGUGUUGCUUGCUGGGGAUUGAAUAUAGUUUCUCUGUUUGGUUGCUGAGAAGAGUUAGGAUAAGAAAGGAAGCGAGAACUUUCUUUUUGGUUGACUGGGAAUUUGAAUUUUAUAUGAUGUUUUUAUAUCUGAAAAACAAUUUCUAUUUCCAUUUCUAAUUUGAAUGCGAAUCAAAAAUGUCCUAAGAUGGUUUUGAACUCUACAUGGUGGAUUUACGUUUACUGCAGAGUUUUAUACCAUCAUGAUUCAUUUUUAUUUUGCUAAAAUAUUCCUUUCACUAUUGAAGAAUUUUACCCAUGUCCAUCUUGUUGUGUGGUAAAUUAGUAAAUAUAGUUAGGGUCAGUUAAGCUUCAGUUAGUUGAUUCUCCUAGGUUGUUAUAUUUAUUAGAGUCUGUUAAGCUAAGCCUCCUGAUUCUCAAUUGUAUGAAAAGCGCGGCUGAGAUAAGAUGCAGAAAAUAUGUGAAACAUCUUAUAAACUCUUGAAAUUCUCCCUUUAGUGGAAGAAUUUCUCUCUCCCUUAUAAACAUUUGCUAUUAUGUGUUUUCUCUCGUUUUCUCUCUCCCUUUCAUAGUUUUCUCUCGUUUUCUAAUCUUCUAAACACCUGUAACAAUUCCAGACAUCAGAUAGUGUAAACAAACGAUUGAAUCAUAUAGGUUAAUAACUACUCUUAGGAGGAUAUACAACUAAUAAAUAGUGUUUAGGGUAUUGUUGAGGUAUAUUUGGGCACCCUUUAUUUGGUGGUAUCAUACACAAGAGAACUGACUGAACCUAAAUAUGUAGCUGAGGUAGGAAUUAUGAGCAAGUCAAGCAGCAAGGUCUCAUCUGCUAUUAUGCGUUCAACUGCUGAGACAAGCAGUGAUAUCCUACCAUCAUCUAAUUUGAAGAUGUUUUGCUUUCGUGAACUAAGAAAAGCCACAAGUAACUUCAGCCUGCAUUAUAAGUUGGGUAAUGGUGAAUCUGGCUGUGUCUUCAAGGGGUGGAUCAAUGAGCAUUCAUUAAAGGCUGCAACAUAUAAGAAAGGUACGGUUGUCGCGGUAAAGAAGUUCUAUCGAAAGGGUUGCAAGACUCAACAAGAGUGGUUGGCAGAUAUUGAAUGUGUGGGGAAGCAAUGUCAUCCAAAUCUUGUGAAAUUGAUAGGUUUCUGUGCAGAGAACGACCAGCGACUUCUGGUUUAUGAGUUUCUGCCCAAUGGCAACUUGAGGAAUCAUCUAUUUCAAUUUGGUUCUUGCUUUAAACAACUUUCCUGGAGUCAUUAUAUGAAAAUAGCCCUUGAUGCUGCCAAGGGUCUAGCAUUUCUUCAUGACAAGGCAGAUGUUAUAUAUCGAGAUUUUAAGGCAUCUAACAUCUUGCUUGAUUCGAAGUGUAAUGCCAAACUCUGGGGCUUCGGAUUGGAUAAGGAUGAGAAACCAGGUAGUGAAAACCAUGCAAAGUUCUUGGGCACUGCAGGGUAUGUAGCACCUGAAUAUAUCAGCACAGGUCAUGCAACUGCAAAAAGUGAUAUAUACAGUUUUGGAAUUGUUCUACUUGAAAUUUUAUUUCGCAACGAAGCUUUACUUGGACAACAAAUUGAGUGGGGAAGUGAUCAGCUUACUAAACUUUGCAAAUUUGUGAAUAAUGCUCCUUCAAUCCAGUAUGUACCAAGCAGUGUGUUUAAGGUUGCUGAAAUUGCAUCCCAAUGUGUGUCAAAGGAACCAGAGGAUAGGCCAGAAAUGAAAAAUGUCGUAAAAGUUCUGGAACAAGUUCAGGACUUGGUUGAAAAAGAGGAAGACAAAGAGAGUAAAUGUCACAAAUCCAACUUCUAAAUGAGGCAAGAAAAUGUUUCCAGUAAAUCUUGCAACGGAAAGAAAAGCUUCCCUAUUAUCUAAGGGCAUUCUGCUUCACCAUAUUCUUAUAUAUAUCUGGUUUUUCUAACCAAUGCCUUUGGUAAACUGGUUAAGAAUUUCAAGAAAGUUAAGUAAUUAUAGUCUUGUAGUUUGAUUAAUCUUUCUACCUCUUGAAUAAGAGAUCUCAAUUUCGAGUUCUUUA